UAAUGUCUGAAAACCAUUACACUGGGGUCAAAUCAGUGGAUGAGGAUGUUGAAGGAGUUACUGAAAAUAUAAAGAUUUCAUGGACGCCAUUUUUAAGACAGUUAUUCGUGGUCGGUGGAGUAUGGACAAUAUAUUUCGUGCUUGGUUUAUGUUAUGGAGCUCCCAACGUCAUCAUACCACAAAUACGGAGGGAGGCGAACUCUACUGAAGCUGUCAGUGAAGAUAUGGCUUCCUGGUUAUUGGUACAAAAUACCCUAUUGUAAUCUCAAUAUGAAAUGUCUGGGAAUCAAAAUGCCAAGACGGGACAAUAAGCAUUACAAAUAGAU